AUUACGAUUUUUAUCUGAUUUGACACAAAAGUAUCUUUUAGCCUUAAUUCGUUACGUUGUAAAGACACUGAUCCAAUCCCUUCUACACAACAAGAUCGGAUUAUAUAGACCCAAUAUGUACAGAUCCGCGAGCUGGAACCGUGUGACCGAGGAUUACUCGGUGCCUUGGUCCGCACCAAAGGGAUUAUGGAAGGGCUUAGACGAAGACGAGCCGGCUCCAUACGAUCCCACUGGCCAAGAGAUGACUAAGAAAGAGAAGUCACGUACCAAGUUUGCUGAAAACGCCGUUCACAUAAUCCCUUUUGUCCUUCUUGCUUGUGCUCUCGUCCUUUGGUUCUUCUCUAAUCCAGAUGUAGAUGUUGGGGUGAAAGGGGACUCCAUUGCGGCUAGGAUUGAAGGAUUAACGAUCGAAGGAGACAUUGACAAUGACAGCGACGGAACUCAGACCGGAUUCUUAGGAGCCGCCACAGAGGUCGGACAUUCAAAAAAUAAACUAAAACGCGAGGCUAAUAAACGCAAUCGGAGGAUACAAGCUUCAAGGAAAGUGAUGAAAGGUUUUUAUUAAUCACCUUUUUGUUUGAUAAAUAUUUACGAGAUAAACUUUCAAAACGAAUUAUUCUUUUUUUUCUUUCUAUUUUGAUUGCGCAUGUUAGUUGAUCAGGAGAUGUGUUUCUUUGGUUAAACUUUUAUAUUUAGUUCUUCACAUUAUCUUCAAGAUCCACAAGAACUACUUUCACUCUGUAUUGACGCCUUUCUUUUUGAUUAAUCUGCUACAACUUGGAGGACAGCGGUUUGAUGUUUAAAAAAGACUAGGGAAAAAAGUUUAAACGUUACCAUUUGUGCAUGCAAUUGCUUCUUUUCUUUUCAGAAAAGAAUACGCGUCUUUCC